AUGUCGACAAAAGACCAGCUGCCGGUUGUGCUUUUUGGGUAUGAUUCCAUCGGCCGCGAAGUCUACUGCGACACGUCUCUCAUCAUCGAAGCGCUCGAGCACUUCUUCCCCAGCAGCUCUGGCUACGGAACAGUCUACCCGGAAUUCCCCGGCCUCGACUCAUGGAGCUACAAAGGGCUUGUCCGCGGCUUUGCUUCCUUCUGGACCGAUAAGCCAUUAUUCCGCAGCACCACUGGUCUUAUUCCUAGCAGCGUAUGGGAAACAAGUUUCGGCACUGAUCGCUCGCAACUCAUUGGCCAUCAACUCGACCCUGAGAAGCUUGGGGCAAAGAUUCCGCAAAACCUGGCAAACUUGGAUAUGCAUCUAGCCAUGCUGGAACCGACGUUCAAGACGAAGGGCAAGUGGGCAAUCCCAACGCCGACACCGAGCUUGGCGGACGUCAGUUUGUAUUAUCAGUUGAGGUGGGGCGUGGACAUUGCGAAUGGCAGGGGCAUUGAGAACUUGAGCGGGGGUGGAACGAAAGAUACCAACCGCGAGGAUGUCACGGCGAAGGUGUGGAAUGAGCAGAGAUAUCCAGGGCUGUGGAGUUGGUUCCAUGCGUUCGAGAAGUACAUUGAUGGGCUGCCUGAUCUGCAAAAGACGAACGAAGAUGGAUGGCUGGAUGCGGUCAAGGAAAGCAAACCGUUGUCAGAAGAGGACUUGUUGGUGCCGGCGGCGGUGGACGGACCUGCGGAUGUGCAGAGAGAUCUUGUACCUGGUGCGAGUAUAAGCGUUGCGCCGGAUGAUACUGGGCGAGAUAAUCCAACUCUGGGCACGUUGGUCAAGUUUGGGGUCGAAGAGGUGGUGAUAAAGCCGCACGAGAAGGCUGAAGUGGAUGUUCGCGUGCACUUUCCGCGCUUGGGGUUUGUGGUAAAGACCGUUGAGGGGGCGAAGUUGUGA